UACACGAUUAUGAAUUGACCAAUUCAAUCAAUUAUCAAUCAUCUUAAAAGCGUGAUAUACUCCAUAAUGAGAUAUGUUAGUGAAACGUCUGUUUACUGUAUUGGCAGAUAUUGACCAUUUAAAUGUAUGACAAAUGGAUGACAAUUAUUGAAAGUGUUUUAUGGACUCAGAUGAUUCCAUUCCUCCUCAAGGUGGACAUAGGGGCCCAUCAACUUGUGCUGAACCUCAACAGAGGAAGAACAGACGUCAUCGCAUAGUCUCCCAGAUGAUCCAGCAUGGCGGCGGUCAAGAGACUGAAACGCGUGGCAGCAGCGCAGCCAGGAUUCAUGUCUUUUAAAUCGUCGGCCGGUUCAGAUGACUUGAACAGUGGCCAGAGAAAGCGUGUGAAUAAGAAUAAGAAAAAGAAUUGGAACAAACACAGUGAUAUUCAAGAUGUUGAAGAGUUUUUGGAUGACGUGAGACUUCAGGAAAGGGCUACAGGAGGACUGAUAUCUGAGAAGCCAGAUGAUAGCCUGUUCUUUGUGGACAUUGGAGAGCAGAGAAAAUAUGUCCAGCCAGAAGUCCAAGAGGGAAAGAAGGGGAAAAAGUCAAAGUCGCGUCCCUUGAGGAUAGACCUAAUCCUGCAGCAUGACUCCCUCGUCCCUCCACCUAAAGAUAUUUUGGCCCAUCAGCAACCGAAUGCAAAGAAACUCCGCCGCAUUGCAGAGAAUGCAGAGAAAUUGGCGGCCAUGGGUGUGUUACCACGGAGACAGAAACGGCUCUUGAACCGCAGACCGGCAAUUACAGCGUCAAAAUCAAAAACGACGGCCAACAACUUCCCAGACAGACCCUAUUAUGAUCUGUGGGGAGGUGAUGCCAAAGAGACAGCUGAUCCUUACUACCUUGAGCAAACAGGGAAGAAGCGUGUGAAGCGACCAGAGAAGCUCAACUCAAAGCCCUCUGUUCUCCCGGCAGUGGAAGUCAUAGCCCCCGGAGGCUCCUACAACCCAGACUUCUUCUCCCAUCAGGCCUUGUUACUAGAGGCCCAUGAGGUGGAGGUGAAGCGGGAGAGAGCGGAGCUGAGAAUAGAGAGACAGCUGGCUGUCAACCGAGAGGAUACCGCCACUGAGGAGACAGUCUUCCAGGAGCUAGUGGAAGGGCUAGUGGAAGAGGAGGAAGAUGAAGAUGAGGAGGAAGAGGCUGUUUCUAUUCGUGGCGGCUUGCAGCAGGAGAAAAAGACAGAGAAAGAAAGGAGGCGAGAGAGAGCCGACAAGAUAAAGUCGCAACAGAAGCAGGCAGCAAGGGUGUUCACUGACAAGAAGCAGCAGCUCUUCCAGCUGCGCUCCAUCCAGGCGACCCUGAAGAGGGGGGAGCAGCAGACUAGAGAGAGGGUGGCCCAGCGCAAGGCCAACCAGGAGGCAGAGAAGUCCAUGCCUCGACGUCUCGGCAGACUCAGGUUCCAGGCUCAGGAUCUAGAGGUCCAGCUAAGUGAUGAGAUUCCUGGAUCCCUGCGGACACUCAAGCCAGAGGGCAGUGUCCUCAAGGACCGCUUCAAGAGUAUGCAGAAGAGGAACAUGAUUGAGCCCAGAGAACGAGCCAAGUUCAAGAGGAGACACAAGGUGAAGUAUGUUGAGAAGAGGGCCUUCAGGGAGAUCACCUAGAGACCAAACCAACCUAUGGAACUGUUCAAGACUGAACAACACAGCGGCACCCACCACUGAGUGACAGCCAGCCAGAGCUACUGUUUGCCCCAUCAAUUGUCAUCAAUCAACUCAGCCCAUUUUUUUUUUGUCAUUGAUGGAUUUGCCACCUUUUUAAAUCUGUUGGAAAAUGUUGAAUUCCCCACAACUUGUAACAUUUGCCAGGCCUUGAUAUUUUCACAUAUCUAUAUACAACAUAAACCAACCCAACCCAGGUAGUGUUAUACAGAUUCAGUCUAAUGCAUUUUGAGGUCAAAUGAGUUCAUUGGCAGGAUAUUUAAAUCAUCUGGAUCUGUCAACAUCAGUUGAGAACGUUAGACUUCAGAAGGGUGCUCUCCUGUCUCCCUCCCAGUUGGUAAUCUUGUCUUUCGCUCUCAUCAAACCAAGAUUAAUACCCUCGUUAGAAGGGGUGGAUGCCUGAGUGAAUACGCAAAGCGAUUAAUGACAUAGUAACGUUUAAAACCACGUGUCAAGAGUUGGACUUGUAUGCGUUCUGUCACUUACACCUGUUAUUGUGUACAAAAUCCCUUUAUUUGCCAUAAUCUGACUUGAUUUCAUUAAAACAAGUUAAUUAUUGACAUUGUUUUUACUGACUGCUAUUUAAAUGCCUGUGGUAAAAAUAUAAUUGUUUUGGCCUAUUAAAUCCCAAUCCCAAAAUAUAUUGUAUUUCAUAGUGGGAUUAAAUUAUUUUAUUGUACUUUUGUCAACACAAUUCUGUCAAAGUGGAUGAAAUGCAAAAAAUAAAUAAAUGAAUUGAAUAAAA